UCCGGGAGGAUGGAGGCGGCGAAGAGGUCGAGGUUGAGACUGAGCCGCCGGAGGCCACCCUCGGGGGUCCGGUCCCCGAGCAACCCCCCCGGUUCCCCUCCGGACGGCGGCGAGUGUGCGCGGCCGUGGGCUGAGCUGCUGCGCGCCGCGUGUGCGGAGCUGAACGUGGACGGCGAGCCGCCGCCGCUGCCCGCGUUCCCCGGCCAGGAGCCCAGGCGCAGCCCUGAGCGCGCGCCCCCGGAAAGCUUCACCGUGGGAACCGAGACCUUCUCCUGGACGCCCUUCCCGCCGGCCCCGCGGCGAGGCGGGGACCCGAGCGACUCCGACCGGGUGCUCCGCGAGGCCCUGGGGCGCACGGGGUCCUCCGCCUGGUCCCCCCAACGACACCCCGCGCCCGAGCCCCGCGGGACCUCCAGCGCCGAGGAGCAGCCGUCCGUAGAGGGGUUGCCGACACUGCAGAGUUGCCCCAUGUGCCAGGCCGUCUUCGCCCCCAGGCUGACCCAGCUGGACAUUGAGAGCCACCUGGCCCAGUGCCUGGCGGAGAGCACGGACGACGUGGUGUGCGUCAUGACUGAAGUGGACAGAGCAGCCCAGGCAGGUGACAGAGACAGUGUCACCAGCAGUUCGGGUAUUUGUACCCAAGUUGGCACAAGAACGGACGCUUUGCUCACCCCUCCGACUCGGCUCACAUUUCACAACCGUGUUUUAAAACCCCAGGUGAACCUGCUCCUUCUGCAGCUGUAGGUCACUGCCAGCAAGGAAGACACUGUCACCGGUGCCUGUCAUCACCCGCAGGGGUUCAGAGCAGCUCCCCUCAAGUCGGGAAUUCACGGGGAGGGACAGGCCCGCCUGCCGGCAUCUUGCGUGAGCUGUGUCUCGUUCGUGCUCUCAGUGCCCAUGGGAAGCAGGGCCAGGGAGCGUGUGCAGGUAGUUUUCCUUCCGGUGCUGUUGGCCCACAGGUUCUGGAAGAGCCUCGUCUCCAGCACAGCCACAGUGGCUGCAGCACCGGCGGGAGAGAGGGGGUAGGAUGUGGAAGCCUAAGGUUAACCCCCAGAAGUUGGUAUUUUCCUUUCAAAAAGGGCUUCAGACGAGCCAUGAAAAGACACAGAGGAAGCCUCAGUGCACAUUUCUCGGUGAAAGACGCCAAUGUGAAAAGGCUACACGUUGUGUGAUUCCAACUCUAGGACAUUGUGGGACAGGCAAAAGCCGUGGAGACGGUAAGGAGAUCAGUGGUCUCCAGGGGUUAGCGGGGAGAGGGCACAGACACCAGAGCACAGAGGAGUUUUAGGGCAGGAAAAUACUCUGAACUACAAGGGUGGUUAUGCAAUACGUGGAUCAAGCCUGGGUCCAAACCCACAGAAUGUACCGCUCCCAGGUGACGCAGCAGAGCAGGUUCUUCCCUUGUAGCAAACGCACCCUCUACGGGGAUGCUGGGAGAUGGAGGCGGCAGCGGGGGGGGGCACAUGGGAACUCUGUACCUUACCCUCACUUUUGCUGCGAACCUAAAACUGCUCUGAAAAAUAAAAUCUGUUUUUUAAAAAUGGC